AUGCUGUUUAACUUGUUAAAAGAGCCACUUCCGUGGAAUCUUAUGUCCUCGCCAGAGGCGUUCAAGUACCUUGAGUACGCCAUGAUCUUAAUGGGAUGGACACCGCCGCAAGAAGGAUGGAAACCCUUCAGAAUAAUACUGACGAUUGUCAUUAGUUUUUGGUGGAUUCUCUACGUUCCAAUCGGAGUCUUCAUCACUUUUUUCGUGGAGUUGAAAACCUUAUCUCCAAGUGAAGCACUGUCAGUGCUGCAGGUCGGAAUCAACGCAGGGGGGUUUCCUUUGAAGAUGAUUAUCAUGAGACUCAAUAUGUGGCGCUACCACAAGAUCAAGGAGCUCCUUGGCCGCAUGGACAAGCGUUGCAUCAACAUCACGGAGCGCCUGGAGGUGCAUCGCUGGGUGGCACGAUGCAACAUUGUCUAUCUCAUCUACCAGUUUAUGUACACCGCCUACACGCUAUCGACUUUUUUCACGGCAAUCUUUUCGGGAGUGCUGCCAUUUCACCUCUACAAUCCAUUCAUUGAUUGGCGCGAGAGCACAAUGAAUCUUUGGAUAGCUUCAGUGCUGGAACUAAUACCCAUGAACGGCAUAGUUAGCCAGACAUAUAUGAUGGAUGUGUUUCCCCUUCUGUACGGUCUGAUUCUACGGUGCCACGUAAAGCUCCUCAGGCAGAGAAUCGAGAACCUUUGCUCGGACCCUCGUAAGAGUGAUUAUGAAAACAAUGAGGAUCUUGUGUUUUGUAUUAAGGAUCACAAACUUAUUCUUGAAUACGUCUCUGUGAUGCGUCCUGUGAUCGAAACCAUCAUCUUUGUGCAAUUCCUGCUUAUCGGUCUGCUCCUGGGGAUAACCAUGCUCAAUCUUUUCUUCUUUGCCGACUUCUGGGCAAAGUUGGCUAUAGCGGCGUAUAUAAAUGGCCUGAUUAUUCAGACGUUUCCCUUCUGCUUCACCUGUGACCUCUUGAAGGAUGACUGUGAGUCCUUGGCCUUGGCCAUAUUUCACUCCCACUGGAAGAGCUCAAGUCGCAGAUAUAAAUCUUCGUUGAUUUACUUCCUGCACAAUGCCCAGAUGCCGAUCUCUUUCACCGCCGGAUCUAUAUUCCCCAUAGGCUUGAACACCAACAUCACCGUUGCCAAGCUGGCCUUUUCGGUGGUUACAUUUGUGCAGCAGUUAAAUAUAGCUGACAAACUAAGGAAGGAUUAG